GGCAAGAGGUCUUUGGAGAAGUUCUCCCCCCCCCCUCCCCGACCAUCUUUCCAGAAGUUUCUCCGGCCCUCCCCCUUAUAUAGCCCCCUUGGCUCCGGCGGCGGCUCGGCCCGAGGAAGUUAGUCCGGAGAGAUCUUGCCGGGGCUUUUUGCAAGCCAGGCUCGGCCGUUGCAAGCACCGAGGUCUGCAGGACUGCGCUCCGUUGUCAUGGAUUCCACCUGGUUGAUCCACCUUCUCGCGCUCUGCGCACUCUCCACGGCGGUCCCCUCCGACGACAAGAAGAGCGAGAAGCCCACCCCGAAAGAGAAGAAGCUGACCGAGAAGGCCACCACCUUGGCCGACCGCAGCGCCAUCCUGGCCUUCAACCUCUACCAGGUGAUGGCCAAGGACAAGAGCUUGGAAAACAUCUUGGUGUCCCCCGUGGUGGUGGCCUCUUCUCUGGGCUUGGUGUCCCUCGGAGGAAAGGACACGACGGCCUCUCAAGCCAAGGCCCUCCUUAGCGCCAGCAAGCUCAACGACGACUACAUCCACAGCGGGUUGUCCGAGCUCUUGACUGACGUCAGCAACGCCACGGCCCGGAACGUCACCUGGAAACUCGGCAGCCGCCUCUACGGCCCCAGCUCCAUCAGCUUCGCGGAGGACUUUGUGAAAAACAGCAAGAAGCACUACAACUACGAGCACUCGAAGAUCAACUUCCGGGACAAGCGGAGCGCCCUCAAGUCCAUCAACGAGUGGGCGGCCCAGACCACCGACGGCAAGCUGCCCGAGGUCACCAAAGAUGUGCAGAAGACCGACGGGGCCUUCAUUGUCAACGCCAUGUUCUUCAAACCGCACUGGGAUGAGAAGUUCCAUCACGAGAUGGUGGACAAGCGUGGCUUCAUGGUGUCUCGUUCCUACACAGUCAGCGUUCCCAUGAUGCACCGUACAGGGUUGUACAAGUACUACGCGGACGAGGCGGAGAAGCUGCAGAUCGUGGAGAUGCCGCUGGCCCACAAGCUCUCCAGCCUGAUCAUAAUUAUGCCGAACCACGUCGAGCCCUUGGAACGCCUGGAGAAGCUGCUCACCCGAGAACAGCUGCAGAGUUGGCUGGGCAAGCUGAAGCAGCGGUCAGUGGCCAUCUCCUUGCCCAAGGUCAGCCUGGAGGUCAGCCACGACAUUCAGAAACACCUGGCCGAUCUCGGCUUAACCGAAGCCGCGGAUAAGAACAAAGCUGACUUGUCCAAGAUCUCCGGCAAGAAGGACCUCUACCUCUCCAACGUCUUCCACGCAGCGGCUCUCGAACUGGACACGGAAGGCAACCCCUUCGACACUGACCUCUACAGCCGCGAAGAAAUCCGGAACCCCAAACUCUUCUACGUCGACCAUCCCUUCCUUUUCCUGGUCAAGGACAAUAAGACCAACUCUGUCCUGUUUAUCGGCCGGCUGGUGAGGCCCAAAGGAGACAAAAUGCACGACGAAUUGUAGUUUGUAGCACGCCGGGUUUCAUGCACGGCUCUUUUGGUUUUGAUUUUCUCUUUUUUUUAAAAAAAGAAAUGAGACAAAUUAGGUGCCUUUUUUUAAAAAACAAAGCAAAACUGGUACUCCUGUAAACCAGAG